UAUAUAUUCCAACAACCUCGAGAGAGGAAACGCCUUUCAACGCUAGAUUAUUUACCCGUGAGCGGAAAAUUUCAGUGCUGAGAUGGCGUCAUCGUCGUCGGUGGUGUAUGCAGAUGUUCCAUCUCCACUCCCUCCCUUGCCCGAGAAACGGAUAGUCGUAGGUUUUGGUGGGGUUGGCGUCGACUACUUGGCUACUGUGGUCACAUUUCCUAAACCCGAUGAUAAGAUCCGCAGCACGAGCUUGAAGGUUCAAGGAGGUGGUAAUGCAGGGAAUGCUCUAACUAGUGCAGCACGGUUGGGUCUGACCCCAAGGGCGAUUUCUAAGCUUGCUAAUGAUGCUCCGGGGAGAAUUGUGCUAGAAGAACUAGAAGCUGAUGGUGUAGAUACUUCUUAUAUUGUGGUUUCAGAGGAGGGAAAUUCAUCAUUUACCUAUGUUAUUGUUGACAAUGAAACGAAAACUCGUACUUGUAUCUUUACUCCUGGACACCCUCCAAUGACUCCAGGCGACCUCUCCCAAUCAAGUUUGAUCUCUGCAUUGGACGGUGCAAGACUUGUCUAUUUUGAUGGAAGAUUUCCUGACACCGCUUUAGUUGUUGCAAAAGAGGCAACUUGCAUGCAAAUACCUAUUUUAAUUGAUGCAGAAAGGAAGAGGGAGGGAUUGGAUGAUCUUCUUAAUCUUGCAGAUUACGUUGUGUGCUCUGCAAAAUUUCCUCAGGCAUGGACAACAGCCCCAUCAAUUCCAAGUGCACUAGUAUCCAUGAUGCUGAGAUUAUCACAUAUCAAAUUUGUAAUUGUGACCCUUGGCGAGGAUGGCUGUAUAAUGCUUGAGAGAAGCAUGAAUGAACCAGAAUCAAAAGAAAUAGAUGUAGAUAGCUUGCUGGAGUCAUUGAAGCUGAAGAUUGACGGUAAUGAGUUAAUCCCAACAUGUAUUUCAUCCAAGUCGAUGAUGAGGCUGGGCGCUGGUCUGAUCGGUACAGUGAGUGGGAGGUUACUUGUGGGAACCGCAGAGAAGAUACCACCUUCCGAACUCAUUGACACCACCGGUGCUGGAGAUGCAUUUAUUGGGGCAAUCCUUUAUGCUAUUUGUGCAGGAAUGGCACCGGAGAAGAUGUUGCCCUUUGCAGCUCAAGUGGCAGCUGCUGGAUGUAGGUCUCUUGGUGCUCGGACAGGUCUUCCCAGGCGCACAGACCCACGCUUGGAUCCAUUUCUACGUUAGAUCAAACAUAAGGCGUGUUAGAGGAUGAACUCAAGAGGUGAUAGUGGCAACAAGAGGCAUGUAUUGGUUUUGGCGAUUCAACGUUGUUGGGUUCCUUUGCCUUAUCAAGAAAGAAAAUAAGUGGUUGAAUCUCCUAUGGAGUUUGUCAUAAUCAUUGAGAAUGAUGUAUCAAUGCAUGUAUUUCACUUGUGAUACAUUUAAUUAUUUUCACUUGUAAAUGGAGUUUGUCAUAAUCAUUGAGAAUGAUGUAUCAAUGCAUGUAUUCUUUCAAGACCACCCUUGAAAGAAUAAUUAAAAAUUAGGA